AAAGCCUCGAGUAUGACAUUUAGUAAAACGCAACAUCAAAUUAUUAUGCAAUUUAUUCAACGUCAUCAGCAUAAACCUAAUAAGUUAAAUUCAGGAAUAGAUUGGAUUCCUUACAAUGAUCUUAAAAAUAUUCAAGUUCUUGAAAAAGGAGGUUUUAGCACGAUAUUUACAGCGGUCUGGGUGACUGGUCCCAUAACAAAAUGGGAGAGUUCGGAUUCACCUAUAAUAAGAAUGAAAAAUUAUAAAGUUGCUUUAAAAUAUAUGGACAAAAACCUUUUCACGAAAUUUAUGAGAGAUUACUAUGAAGAAGGAAAUCUUCGCCAAUAUUUGAAUGCUAAUUUUGACACACUAUCUUGGUAUAACAAAGUUAAGAUAUUACAAGAUAUUGAUUAUGGUCUUAAAACCAUUCAUGGUAAUUCAAAAAUUCAUGGUGACUUACAUAGUGGAAACAUUUUAAUACGUAGAACCGCAGCAAUAGCUGAUUUUGGUUUAUGCAAAUCAAAAUAUGAGUGUGAAAAUAAUCAAAAUGAAGCUUAUGGUGAAGCAAAAAGACUUGGAUUCGUUGCCGCAAGCAAAUUAUGGCGCGAAUUAUCUUGUGCUGAUAGAUACUAUUAUAACACUUUGGCUUCAAAUGUGACCUCAUUGCUUCGAGUUGAUUUCGAGUGCGAAAAAAUUGCUGUUGAUCACAAUUAUCAAGAUGGUAUGGAAAACAGUUAG